AGUGAAUCGGUUCUCCGUCGCACGGUGGGCUUCAAGAGCAACAAUUCGUUUGUUCUGCUGAGUCUUCAUAGUGAAUAUUGGGAUAUUGCAUCGCACCGAUUGUGGAUUACUGCUGCUUCUCGACAAGUAGUGUGGUGCUUUGAACAACCAACAACAACACAUUGUGUGAAACUAAACUUAUCGCUGCUCCGUAUCUGCCAACCGGAAUGAGGUGUGACAUGUGGUGACGACAGUAUGCCGUAUCACGAUCUGCGUUGCUGUUCGACGAUAGAGCUGGAAAUGAUUGUGCAAACAUCACGACCGAAACGAGCGUGUCAAUGCAUAUGUGGUGUUUGCAGUGCGUUAAGUGAGGUGCACAUGCCUGCUCGCUCAAAUAUUUAAUGUUAAUUAUCUGUUGCUGAAAGAAGACAUCGUGUUUGACUUUUCGGUCAAAACAGACGUCGUUCUGCCGUCGAUCACCGAUUGUUCGUGACAAAAGUAUCCCAGUGUCACGGCUGUGUGAAACAGUGGAACCCAAAAAUUGCGGCCGCUUCGCGAGCUAAUUGUGUGAUUUGAUUGAUCGAUCCGAGGUGUUGUGAAUGAAUAAAAAUAGUUGUGCUUCCAAUUAGAACCACAGAAUAUUUGAGAUAUUUCAAAUCGAAGACGGAUCAAGCAGUUGAGUGAUUUUAUGUUGUUUUUGUGACCAAAAAAUAUGUGUUGACGCAAAGGUUUAUGCGCAAAUUACCGUGAUAAUCAAACGUGUAAACACAGGUCACGCAAGCGUGAGAGCGUUUCUGAGACGUCCAGAUUGGACGAAACAAAGUGAAGCAAACUUAACGACAAGUAUUGAGUUAAUGUUGGUGAAAACCGUCUGCUUGUACGACCAACCGUGCUAGUGGAUUUACAUCAUUGUUCUAGUACCGUAAGCCCAAAUGGUGAUACUUGAAGGUACCACAAUGUUGCAAGUCGGAAAUAAUCAAUAUCUUCAACCGGAUUACCUUUCUCCGCUGCCAACCACGUUGGACGCGAAGAAAAGUCCCCUGGCCUUGCUGGCGCAAACUUGCAGCCAGAUCGGAGCAGAUCCGGGCAACAUCACCGUCAAGUCGCUGGUUUCACCGUCGGAUAAGAACAAGAAAUCUUCCUCUUCGAACAGCAACAACAGCACCUCAUCUUCUGGCAGCAACUCGUCGGCCUCGUCAUCGGUCGAUCCGACGUCGCACUCCUCGUCAGCGUCCCGCUCGCCGUCUGUGAAGACGGACAAAUCGGACGCGUCGCCAGAAAUCAAGCUCGCAUUCAAGCCGUACGAGAUGAACGUGCUGACAACGAAAGUGAACCUUACCAAGCAGUCGGUGGCGCCGACGCCUUCGUUGAUCGAUGAUCGCCCAUCAUCGAAGAUGAGCAGUGGAAGUGACGUGUUGAACAACAACAGUGUGAGCCAAAUCAAUAAUAAUAACAACCAUCUGUUGGUCGGUGACGGUCGGAAGGAGCAGCGAGCCCUUUCGCCCCGUGGCAGUGCUGACUCGCCGAUGUCCUCUAGUGGCCGCGUUGGCAGUGCAAGUGUGAAGAGUAUGGAAAGCGGAGGACUAGGGUUGGUUGGUGAGUCUGUGAGCAACAAAUGCAACACUCCGGAUGGGAAUCGCCGAGGUACGCCAAGUGAUCGUGAAAAAAGUGGUUCAAGCGGCAGUGCCACGACCGGUGGUGGAGGCCAUAGCUCUUCGAACAGUCCGUCGUCGGGCAUGUUGUCGUUGCAUGCGUCCACCAAGGAGCAGCAACUGUCCGGUCAGUUGCCACCUUCGGCGCACUACAAAACGAGUGCGUACGGCAUAAGUGUGGCUGGGUUGCCCAGUCCAUCGGGCAUCGAUCACACCAACCCCGCGUUCCGACCACCGUUCGCAGGCGCGUUCAGCCAUCAUCACGCGGCCAUGCUUGCCGCAGCCGGGUACUCAGGAGCAGCAGCGGCGGCUGCUGCGGCCACUGCCGCUGGUGCCAACCCGUAUCUCAGCUACACGCGUGUUAAAACUCCGUCGGGGGGCGAGACACUAGUUCCGAUCUGCAAGGACCCAUAUUGCACCGGCUGCCAGUUCUCGGCCCACAACCACCAGAUGAUGAUGGGUAGCCAGUGUCCGGCCGGUUGUACACAGUGCGAUCACCAAAAGUACAUGGCCAUGGCCCUUAGCUCCAUGCCUCCUUCGGGUUAUCCAGGUUAUCCGACACAUGCCGCUGCAGCCGCAGCUGCCGCGGCCGCUGUUGCGGCGGCCAACUCUGGAGGCGGUGUGGGACAACCGCCGCCCACAGGGAGUGGUGGUUCCGCUGGUCGACCCUACAUGUGCAACUGGGUGGUGGGAGAUUCGUAUUGCGGUAAACGGUUCAACACCACCGAUGAACUGCUCUCGCACUUGCGCUCCCACACUGCCAACCUAUCCGAUCCAGCCGCAUUGGCCCUGCAACAGCAGUUGAUGCCGCUUAGUGGCAUCUUUCCGCCGACCUCAAUGCAUCAUCAUCGAGGAUACCCUAAUCCACCGCUCAGCCCACUGUCCGCCGCUCGGUACCAUCCGUACGUGAAACCAGGAUCGUUGCCAACCGGUCUUCCUGGAUCGCCAUACAGUGCGGCUGCCUUCAAUCCAGCCGCUGCCUUCGGGCAGUACUAUUCACCCUACGCAGCCGCCCUCUAUGGCCAGCGGAUGGGUGCCGCAGUGCACCAGUAGACCACCCUCCGCGAGACAAGUAUUUAAGAGACGUGGACGACGCAAGCUACACGGGUUUUGCGCGACAAAACGAAAAUAUGACCAGCCUGUGAAGACGCACAUAUGAAGUAGAUAGAAGGUGUCUAAGGUCGUGUGUGUGUUUGUUCUAUCAACUGUGAUAUUAAACUUAUUCUUCAAUCGUCAAAACACGUAGGGAAGGAAUACGAACAAAAAACUCAAAAUCACACACGCUAAGAAUCACACGUAAAAGGGCGUUGUUAAAGGAUGUAAUGGAUUUGAAAUAGUUUACUACUCCGCAAACAAGGAUGAUGCGCAACAGAACCGCAGCAUAGAAAUCGCUAACGCAUCCAAAGGGUCCUCAGGCUUGUUCCUAAGACUGGUGUUCCAUACAUUUCAUUCGAGAAUGGAAAUAAAAUUGACAUUCAACUUACAUGACCGACCGAGAUUUGCAUGACAGCUGCAUGACGGGAAUAACUAGUUUUUUUAAGUCUCGAAGAAGCUUCUAGCAUACAGUGACGGUAUAUCAUGUUUCCCAAAUUAGUGUGGCUUUUUUACCAUCACUGAGCCUGCGAGGGUAAGAAAAAGCGUGUUGAGCUUGAAAUCGUUACUGCCGAAGUAUACUGAUUCUUUUAACAGUUCUGGCAGCUUCUGUUGAAAGCCCGCUAACCGAAUAAAUUAUUAGAGGCAGAUCUAUCCGCUACUGGCUGAUGGUAAUGUUUCCAUUGAACAAAAGGACACCUCAAGUUUAAUAUUUGAGUAUUUGCGAUACAGAAACAUGUGCUUCUUGAUACUAUUCUUGCCACGUUGGGAUUUCGCCUGUGGCCGGAUGCAGUCAUUUUUCGUUAAUUUAAUAGUAUCUUAUCGUUGCGUUUUUAUGCCAACAUAGAAUACCAAUGCAUUUCAUAUAGGAUGGCACGACAAUUAAAGGAACUUGUUUUAGCUUGGUCAACGUAUCAUCCCACUUAUAGCGCGAAAAUAUUCUUUCACUCAAGAAGUAUCACGAGACAUUGCUUCUAUCAACAUUUACUCUCUACCAUUUCCGAUUAUUCCACAUUAUUUUUUUCCAUCUGGCGUUAAGUUGUAACUUACCACAACCGAGAGAACCCUGUCGUUGGAUCAGCGAAUUUUACACAUUCGACGUACAUCUACGAACGGACAAACAUGUAGGCCAAAAAGAUGAAAGAAUCCGAUUGUGUUGAAGGCAGAAGUGUAGAAGGAUAUGAAAGCUCUAUGUAGAAAACACAUAAUCAGGAAAGAAAAAUUAUGUUUGGAGCGACAGUUUUUGUGGGCUAACCGAAGGUAGCAAGGAAAUUAUAAACGAACGAUCAGGAGAAAGAACAACACGCAAGCUCGUUUGCAAGAGAAAAAUAUUGAAUUUAUGAACGUGUAAUAAAUCUAGAAGGUAAAAAGAAAAGUAUGAAAAUAAAAGAAAAGG